GUGGAGACUCCUCAUGUUUGUGGCCACAAGAGAAGACAACAAGUCAAAAUGGCGACAGCAGGAGCAGGAAGGUCUGCAGGUGUUCUGUCAUCUGUCCCCCUGCAGAUCCUGCUGAAACUGACCGCAGUCUACUUUGUGCUCUAUUUUCUCUUCACUCUGAGUUUAAUCAUCAGGAAGAGCCUGCUGCUGUCCUAUCCCGCUGACGCUGUGCUCUGCGACGUCGGCCUGCUCUUCCUCCUGGCUGCUCUGGAGUUUCUGCAUUUCUUCAGUGGAGUGAAAGGGAACCUGGCGGAGAGCGAGGGUUAUAUUCUGGCCAACCUCGUGGUGACGGGGACGACUAUCCUGCUCACCGUCUACUUCCUGGUGUGGCAGACGUACGUGAUGCGAGCAGACGUCAUCAUCAGCAGCAUCCUCGUCGUCGUCUACGGUUUAGAUGGAUUUCUGGCUUUCAGCACGUUGGCUCGACUCGCCAGCGUCUAUUCAUGAAGAAGUCUCGUCUUAUCGUAUGUUAACACUGAACUCCCAACACUUCGACUACAUUUUCUUAUUGCAAGCACAAAAUGGGAAGAAAAGUAGUUCGGAGUGUCUGUAGUGUAAAUAAUGUUUAUUUGGAUUUUUAUUCUUAUGACAGAAUGUGUUAAGAUGUAGAGAAAAUGGUGUGUUCGAGGUCAAAUUUUUAAAUUUGUACAACAUUCAGAAAACCUUUGUUAUUAAUGUCACCAGGGGCAGGUGGACUGUAGUCAGCGUCCUAUUGAUCACGUUACAUAUAAAGGUGCUACUAAGCAUUCUGGGCAUCAGCAAGAAACAAUACAUGAUGUGACAUACACAAGUCCAGCAUUGCAACUAACGAUUAUUUCAACUGUUGAUUAAUCUGUUCAUCAUUUUCCUAGCUAUUGUUGUUUGGUUUAUAUAUUGGAAGAAAAUUGUGAAACAUGUCGAUUCGUGUUUCACGAUGACGUCUUCAAAUGUCCUGCAUUAUUUACAACCCAAAGAUAUUCA